AUGGCGGACGAGGAGAAUGUUGUCGAUGACGCUCCCGGUUCGGGCGAUACAAACACGGUUUUCGGCCUCAGACUUCGAGGUAGAAAGGGUGCUUUGAAGAAGAAAAAUGUGUACAACGUCAAAGAUCAUAAAUUUAUUCCUCGAUUCUUUAAGCAGCCGACGUUUUGCAGCCACUGCAAGGAUUUCAUUUGGUUACAAACGUCGUUCAGUGUGGUGACCAUCUGCAUACCAGACAGUCUGAAACCGCAAUGGAGAUUGCUCUUCUGCUGCCCAAAACGUCUCGACAUCGUCCAGAAUUCUCAACCAUGGCAACAGUAACUUCAACAAUUUGUGGAACGAUUGUCUCUCGGCCUCUUCCAGGAGCAAAUCCCAAAUUGCUAUUUAAUGUGAACUUCGGAAUCAUGUUCUUCAAACUGGUGCGGAAAGAGGAUCUUUACGUGUUCCUUUAAGGGGGGGACGUUGAUGAAAAACACACAAUAUAUCAAAAAUGGACCAAAUCCACAGUUUUGGACAUAUGACAAUGAAAUUUUGUACCACGCUUUACAUGAAAGUAACACAUUUACAUAUU